AUGGAGUUGUAUGCAUCCUGUGGUGGGGACUGGAAGAGCCUCGUUGGUGAAGGCGGCAUUACUUCGCAAGAUUGUGCCGCAUUUCUUAGAUACGCAGCGACGUUUUUGUCGAACAUCGGAAACUAUUAUGGCUCAGGAGAUCAGAAGUUUAUACCAGAUUUCAGUAGUCCAGAACCUUUAAAAACGCUUGCUUCGAGAUCUCCAAGGCUUCAGGAACUGUACGACGAAUUUGUCUAUGAUAUACUCUCUACGCCCCCUUUCAGUCUAGGUUAUCCCAGCGGCACGGCACAAAGCGCUUACUAUCCUGGGCCUUGUGAUAUUACUCAUGAAGAGGUUGAAGCUGUAUCACGCGUUCUGCAAGAACGCUCGAUAUUCCCGGAGAAUACACGCAUUAGGAAGAGCAUAUCGGGGCGGGUUCCCAUUUUCGACAUACUUCAGGCUUCCACUACGGAAGGCAUGUUGAGUCAGGAAUUAUUUUCAAUGGGUAUUGCUCAACUCAUAUCAGGUGACUACAGCGACGAGCUUAGACAAAUUUGUGCCUCACUUGCUGAAGCAUCGAAGUAUGCAGCGAAUGACACCCAAAAGCUAUACAUAUCCCAGUAUAUCGAGAGCUUCAAGACCGGCAGUUUACAUAAAUACCGUGAUUCGCAGCGCACUUGGAUCAAAGAUAAAGGGCCAGUCAUUGAAAACAUGAUCGGCUUCAUAGAGCCUUACCGCGACCCACAUGGUACCAGAGCGGAAUUUGAAGGCUUGGUUGCUAUUUCAGACUCUGAGGAGACAAAGCUUCUUAAAAAUCUUGUGGAUAAUUCUGCCAAGUUCAUUCGGCGACUCCCAUGGUCCGAUUCUCAUUCUUUAGAGAAUGAUGGUAAGGGGCCCUUUGAAAAGGAGCUUUUUGAAUCACCAGAUUUUGCUAGUAUUCACGCACUGGCAUAUUGCUCUACCAUCAUUUUUCCUGGCAUUAAUCUUCCAAACUACAACGAUAUUCGCCAGGAGUGCGGUUUUAAGAACGUAAUAGUUGCUAACCGAAUGACCGCGGAGAGCAAUAAAUCAGAGCCCUGCCCAUAUAUCAGGGAGUCAGAGGCCGAGACCUUCCAGAAACAUAAGUUCUCUGCCUACUACUUGUGGGUUGUCCUUCACGAACUCUUAGGUCAUGGCACUGGCAAGAUGAUGGUGCAAGAAAGCGAAGAUACGUACAAUUUCGACCAAAUUAAUAAGCCUAUUGACCCUCUCACUGGAAACCCUAUCACCUCUUGGUACAAACCGGGGCAAACUUGGACAAGCCAAUUCGGAGAAUUGGCAACCACUGUUGAUGAAUGCAGGGCCGAGCUCGUUGGCGCAUAUCUAAUGGACGAUCCCGAAUUACUCUCCCUGUUUGGUUUCACGAAGGAUUCUAAAAUUACAAACGAAGACCUCACAUACAAUCUGUAUCUCCAACUCGGUGUUGAUGGGCUUAGAGGACUACGGAAUUUCAACACGGACAACAGUAAAUGGGGACAAGCACAUAGCAGGGCCCAUUUCGCGAUGUUGAAAUGUCUUUUAACUGAUGGGGGCGGGUUCAUGGCCAUUGAAUGUGAUCCAGCGCAGCAAAGGCUCAUUGUCCAAGUCGACCGUUCUAAAAUCCUUACUCAUGGCAAACGAGCCCUUGGAAGAAUGCUCUUGAGGCUUCAUAUGUAUCGUUGUACAGCUGACGUCCAGACAUGCCUUUCUUAUUAUGAGAAUCUUUCAGAGGUUGACGGCGAAUACCUCGAAUGGCGGGAUAUAGUCAUUGCGAAGAAAGAACCGAACUGGGUGUUCGUACAGGCGAACACAUUCCUUAACGGAGAUCAGGUGAGUAUCAAGGAGUACGAUGCGACGGAGGAAGGCGUCAUACAAAGCUGGGUGGAGCGGAAGGUAUAA